UACUAUCGUCCUGCGACGCGCACUCAGCAUCAGUCGUAGUCGAUUGUUCGAUUCGAUUCGAUCUUGUUCUUUUUGAUUUUCACUUCAAGAAAAUUUUUGCGCAAGUGAGGCGUUUUUCACAAGUAAAAAUAGUGUAUAUACGCAAUUCUUAGUAUAGAAUAUACUGCGUAAUCAGUAAUAUCGUGUACUUCACUUUUCAAUCAACGUGAUCCUUUCUUUAAUCAAAAAUGAGCACGCCGGUGAAGAAAGUGCCUAUUCACCUGCAGAGCGCGCAAAACAGGCUGUUGAUUAAGAACGGCAAGGUGGUAAACGACGAUGGGAUCACGGACAACGACGUUUAUAUCGAAGAUGGUAUCAUAAAGCAAAUGGGUCGUAAUUUAAUAAUACCAGGUGGCACGAGAAUUAUCGACGCCCGUGGAAAGUACGUGAUGCCCGGUGGCAUAGAUCCGCACACCCAUUUCGAAUUGGAGUUAAUGGGCGCCAAGACGGUGGACGAUUUUUAUCAGGGCACGAAAGCAGCUGUCGCCGGUGGUACGACGAUGAUCAUCGACUUUGUCAUCCCCAAGAAGGACGAAUCAAUUUUAGAGGCGUACGAGAGGUACCGGGAGAGCGCCGACCAGAAAGUUUGCUGCGAUUAUUCGCUCCACGUCGCUAUCACGUCCUGGAGUCCAAAAGUCAAAGAGGAAAUGGCUACGUUGGUGAAGGAUCACGGUGUCAAUAGCUUCAAAAUGUUCAUGGCCUAUCGUGAUCUAUAUAUGAUCAGGGAUCCAGAAUUAAUUGAGACGUUCAAAGCGUGCAAGGAGCUCGGUGCUAUUGCUAUGGUUCAUGCAGAAAAUGGCGACAUUAUUGCGGAGAACACGAAACGAUUGCUCGAUGCUGGAGUCACGGGACCCGAAGGUCACGAAAUGUCGCGUCCUGAGGAAGUAGAGGCAGAAGCUGUGAACAGAGCGUGUGUUAUAGCUAAUCAGGUCAAUUGUCCACUAUAUGUAGUGCAUGUGAUGAGUCGUAGCGCCGCAGAAGCGGUGGAUGCUGCGCGUAAGCGUGGCAAUUGCAUCUUCGGCGAAACCUUGGCAGCUGCAAUUGGCACAGAUGGUACCAACUACGCGCACAAAUGCUGGAAACACGCUGCAGCGCAUGUCUUGAGUCCACCUCUAAGACCAGACCCAGAUACACCACGUGCAUUGUUGAAUAUGUUGGCCAAAGACGGUCUUCAAGUUACCGGUAGCGAUAACUGUACCUUCAACGCCGAACAAAAGGCUCUAGGCAAGGAUGAUUUCUCGAAGAUUCCCAAUGGCGUAAAUGGUGUCGAAGAUAGGAUGUCGGUUGUAUGGGAGAAAGGGGUGCACGCUGGAAUAAUGGAUCCUACGAGGUUCGUGGCAGUGACCAGCACCAACGCUGCAAAGAUCUUCAAUCUUUAUCCACGAAAGGGAGUGAUAGCGGUUGGCUCAGAUGCUGAUAUAGUUGUUUGGGACCCUAACAGGAAGCGUACGAUUUCCGCUCAAACGCAUGUCCAGGCCGUUGACUUCAACAUCUUCGAGGGUAUGGAAGUUCAUGGGGUACCUGAGUAUGUUAUAGUGGAAGGUCGUGUUUGCGUGGAUGAGUGUGAACUAAAAGCUGUUCAUGGAUUCGGAAAGUUCGUCGAGACUCCAAGCCAUGCUACUUAUGUAUAUGAUAUGAUUGAAGACAGAGAAAAGAAACCACGCGGUGUAGCACGAACCGAAGCCGAGGCGAAGAAAUUUGCCGAGGAGGAUGCCGCUAUCGCGAAGGCCAAGGAGGAAGCAAGAGCGGCAGCUGCAGCACUCGCGAAGAGUCAUCAAACAAACGGUACUUACGAAAGUCCGAAACCAAAGAUUUCAGUACCCGAUUGUAUGCCAACACUACCUGAUUCUGCUGUGGUUACACCAUCAUCGAAAGGUCCACGAUUAGAAGGACAGAGAAAUUUGCAAGACUCUACUUUUUCUAUCAGUGAGGAUGUCGAGGAAGCAAGAAGAGCUUGUAUCCGCGUGAACAAUCCACCUGGUGGUCGUAGUGCGGGAGGUUUUUGGUCUGUUCCAUCAAAGGAGGAUUCGGAUGCCACCGGUCAGUAGAAUAUAUGUUCGUAUUUUCACGUAUCACACUAUUUUUAGCUUCAUUAUCGCUUCAUUGCCCGCUCUCUAUGUACGUAUGCUUCAUUCUUUGACCUUGGAUCAUUUACGCGGUUGAUGAUCCGCAUUUGACUUUAUCUUUCGUGCAAUAGAUAUGUUUGUUAAGUUUCUAGCCGAUCAAAGGUUUAUGUUAUCGUUCUUAAUGAACACCUUAAUCGACUGUUGCAAACUUAUAUCGUUUAUUUGUAUAGUAUAUUGUUUUAUUAUGUAUUACAUAUAUGGAAUAACAGAAUUACGUAUUAAUUUUGACGUGGAUAUUAUGUCUAUAUUUAAUAGAAAAAUUAUUUAUUUCUUUUGUGAAGAUAAUCAAAAAAAUAAAUUUAUGUUUUGUAAAGUCGUAAAAAAUAUUUGAUAUACGUAUUUCUGAUAAUUCCAAGGUCAAGCUUAUGAGCAAGUUAUUUAUUGCGUAACUAUAUUACUCCAAAAACGUAUUCGCAUCUGUAAUAUUCAAAAUCAUUUUCAAAAUAACUUAGAUAUUUAAUAAUGUUUAUUAUUAAAUCGAUCAUUAUUAAUGAACGAUUAUUAGUCGCCAAUUAUAAGUUGUACAUGUUUAACAUUCAUUAAUCAGUUAUUAUUAACUUUGGUUUCGUAUCAUAUUUUUAAUAAUUUAUAUAACACCGGUGUACAGUGAUCAUCAUCAAUUUCAUCAUUGACAUUAUACAAUAACGUAAACAUUAUAUGCCCGGUGUACAUAUUACAUAUAAAAAUGUUUUCGCUCUCGAUCAAGGUUUAUCUGGCAUGCAAUUAUCUCACGGGUAUAUUAUAUUAUAUUAUAUAUUUUAUACACUAUCGUUAGUCCUAGAAUCAAACACUGUACCAUUAAUUUUAAGAAAUCAGCCCAAUACAAUAAUUGUUCUAUUUUCUAUCACAGUUUAAUGUUACGUUUCGGUUAAUUAUAUUAUUAAUUAUAAUGAUUGUAAAUAUUAUAUUAUCCUUAAUUUAACGAUUCAAAGAAUUUAAACAGUUGUUCUUUCGCAAAGGAUUAAAAUAAUUGUAUUAUAAAUUAUAUACAGUUAUGUUUGAAUAUUUAUUAGAAAUUGAUAACUUAAUUAUCAUAUAAAACAAUCUAACAGUAAGUUGAACCGAAUAAUUGCAACCGAAUGAAAAACAGAUAAUUUUUUUUAUCUUUUCACUGUAUUUUUACUGUCAUAGAAUUUGCGGGUUUAAAAUAGUUCAAAUGAUAAAAAUCGCGAUAAUAUGGAAACAGAUGUAUCUUAGAAUCAAAUAUUUGGCAUUAAAAUUUUUAUUCCAAAGAUAUGGAGCGGAAUUCUUCUGCUCUAAAAAUGUUGACAUUUUUUAAAAUUUACAAAAUUUAAAUGGAGAAAUGAUAAAGUUCAACAAUGAUAGCUUAUAAAAAUUAAAUUGAAAUACGCACAAAUUCAUAAAUAGAUAACAUAGUCAAGGAUGCUAAAUUUAUAAAUUAACAACGUUAUACCAAAAGGAAGACGUAAUGAUGUAUUUGAUGUAUUUGAUAAGAAUGCAUAUUUGUUUGCUUAUGAUUUUCAAAAUUUAUAAAAUUUCAUGUGGAAAUUUCACUGAGUAUUAUUUAAUUUAAUUAUUCAAGUCUUAUAUUGUGUGAACAAAAAAAUUUUUUUUACUUCCUUAAUAGCAUGAACCCUACAUUCCGAUUUUUAACGUGUUAUGAAAAUUAUUAAUCUUUUUUUUUUAAUUUUGUCAUUGAAAAAAUAUCUAUUGUUGAUUUUAUUAAAUCCUUAAGACACAUGCGUCUACGAAAGUAAAAUUAAUGAUAAUAAUCUUAAUAAUAAUAAUAAUGUUAAGAAUAAAUGAUACUAAACAGUAAUUAUCGCAUAAUAAAUAUUUAUUACGUAAUUAUUAUUGUGUAAAAUGAAUGAAUUUGAAAUUUUACAAUUAUAAGGCUUAUCUGAGCUACUCGUAAACGACCAAAAACUUUGGUUACCAUUGUAAGUUAUAAUUGCAAAACUGUCGCGAAUAACUGUCGCGAAUAACAUUUUUAGAACGAGACAUUUUUAGAUCGCAUUUAGAAAAAUAUGUCUAAGAGUUUUUUAAUGUAGAUUUUGUAUUGAAACAUUUCUAAAAGUUUCUACACAUGCAUAGAAUCAGUUACAAUAAGUUAUUAAGAAUCAUAGAAAGCAACACAGUUCAUAUAUUUUGAAAUAAUUUAUAAUUAUUUUAUUAAAAACAAUUCUAUUAUGAAGCUUUUUCUCAAGAUAUAUUGUUGUUUUCUAGUAAUAAUUACAUAAUUGAAUAUAUGUGAUUAUAUAAGACUGUUUGAAACCUGAUUAAUCGAGAAACGAUUUGACCUUGUUCAAUUAUUAUAUGGUUUAAUGGAAAAGUGUUGUCUCCAUUUGUUUUUACAGUUUUUAGACUAUUAACAUUUAUUAAGACUUAACAUUGUUAUUGUGCAUGUUACAUUCGUUGUAUUAAAGGUUUUAUAUUACGGUAUUCAGUACGUGUAUCGUUGUAUUCCAUUUGCCAAUAUAAAAGUUUUGUAUGAGAAUUAUUUAAAUGAUAAAUAUGCAAGGGCUUUAUAACAGAUUUAUCUCUAUAAAAAUAUAAUUAUCAAUGUGUUCACAUUGUGUGACUUCGAGUCGAGUAUUCGAAAGAAAUGUAUAGUUUAUCAAUAUAAUAAAUGAUACAGCUAGAGUACCUAUUUAUGUCUGUUACAAUGUAUGUGAUCGCUUGAAAUAAAAAUUUGACAUCAAUAUUAAACGAA